ACACACACACUUUCACAUUCUUCCUGCACUCCCUUACUGCCACAAACAGAAAGGGAGGGAUUUGCUGUAGUGGAGAGAGAAAAACGUGAGGGAGGGGGGGAGUUGGUAGAACGGAAGGGUUGAGAGAGACAGCAAGAGAGAGAGGGGGGGGUAGCACAUGUGUAUGCGUUUGUGAGAGAGGGAGGCGAGGAAGCCGCCGCCAUAUGCCGAGUGGAGUCUACAUGAGAAAACCAUGGGAAGCUCACAUCUCCUCAACAAAGGCAUGCCUCUAGGCAUUAGGCCCCCAAUCAUGAAUGGGCCUAUGCACCCACGCCCCCUAGUGGCUCUGCUGGAUGGGCGAGACUGCACAGUAGAGAUGCCAGUCCUGAAAGAUGUCGCCACUGUGGCCUUCUGCGAUGCCCAGUCGACGCAGGAGAUCCAUGAGAAGGUGCUGAAUGAAGCCGUGGGAGCGUUGAUGUAUCACACCAUCACUCUGAUGAGAGAAGACCUGGAGAAGUUCAAAGCUCUCCGCAUCAUCGUGCGCAUCGGUAGCGGCUAUGACAACAUUGACAUCAAGUCUGCGGGCGAGCUUGGAAUUGUUGUGUGUAACAUGCCAGCCGCCUCGGUGGAGGAGACAGCUGACUCCACGCUGUGUCACAUCCUCACCUUGUAUCGGCGUACCACAUGGCUCCAUCAGGCUCUCCGGGAGGGCACACGGGUCCAAAGCGUGGAGCAGAUCCGAGAGGUUGCUUCAGGAGCAGCGAGGAUCAGAGGGGAGACGUUGGGACUCAUCGGACUAGGUCGAGUGGGCCAGGCUGUAGCCUUGCGAGCUAAGACGUUUGGCUUCAAUGUCAUUUUUUAUGACCCCUAUUUGGCGGACGGCGUGGAAAGAUCCCUGGGCCUUCAAAGAGUCACCACGCUACAGGAUCUGCUCUUCCACUCCGACUGCGUGUCGCUGCACUGCAGCCUGAACGAACACAACCACCACCUCAUCAACGACUUCACCAUUAAGCAGAUGCGUCAGGGAGCAUUCCUGGUCAAUACGGCAAGGGGGGGUCUGGUGGAUGAGAAGGCCCUGGCCCAGGCCCUGAAGGACGGAAGAAUACGUGGCGCUGCCCUGGAUGUUCACGAGACGGAACCCUUCAGUUUCAGUCAGGGUCCCCUGAAGGACGCCCCUAACCUGAUCUGCACCCCUCAUGCCGCCUGGUACAGCGAACAGGCCUCGCUAGAGAUGCGGGAGGAGGCUGCCAGGGAGAUCCGGAGAGCCAUCACCGGUCGUAUUCCGGACAGUCUUAAGAACUGCGUCAACAAGGAAUUCCUGACUCAGAACAACCACUGGACGGCAGUGGAACCAGCCAACGUCCACCCAGAACUCAAUGGAGCCUACAGGUACCCGCCAGGCAUAGUGAGCAUGACCAGUGGUGGCCUCCCGCCCCCCGUGGAGGGCAUCGUGCCCAACACAGUGCCCGUCACACACCCCCUCCCACCUGCAGUCGCACACCCGCCACACACCCCGUCACCCGGACAGAACACAGUCAAGCCACCGGAGGGUGACAGAGAGCAGCAUCCAAACGAGCAGCUGUAGUCUAAAAGCGCGGUGGGAAGACAAAGUCCAGUAAACAACUACUGAUCCCAAAAUUAUGUACAGGCACCCGACUGCUCGUCCAAACUCCAAAGAAAGCCAAGAAGACAGCAGUGAUGGUCAGCAGACGGAAACAAAGAGGUUGGAUGCUCCAUUUGUGCAAAGACUGAGGGAAAACUAAUCUUUUUGACAGUCGCGUGUCCAAAAUUUCACUUAGGUUGCUAUUUUAACCACCCCCCCCGCCCCUCCUAGCCCCCAUCAUUCCUUGGGCAUGGAAGUAAAAAAAAAAAAAAGCUGUUGGCUUUGAAAUGAAUGUAAGUUGUUCAAGCAGAACAGUGUUUUUCCAACCUUUUAAAAAUCAAGGUGAAUUAAUUUACAUGAGAAAAGUCUUACGGCACACCAAAGAAAGAUGUCACAAAAAUUAGAUACUACAGUGGUACCUUGACUUAAGAGAGCCCCAAUAAAGUUAGAUUUUUUUUUUCUUUUUGCCUCGUGUUGCGAGCCAAACUUUGAGUUUUUGCCCCUCAAGUCAAGUGAAAAAAAUUCAACGCUACAGCUGAGGUACGAUAAUGCUCUCGCAUGUCAGGAAGGAGAGCCGCAGUCAGUGAUGCGCUUUCACUUUUUACAGACUUAAACAUAAAAAUGGGUUCACUUGAACAGUUUGAAAAUAUAGAAAUUCUCUUAAAUAUUAUCUUUGGCCAUUCAAUUCCUUCAAACUUACAAUUUUUUAAUCGCUUUUUGCAUCGUGUGCAAAGGUGUGUUUUAACAGUCAAACCGACCAGUUUGAAAGUCUACUUUAAAAAUAUAUGCUAUAUUACAAAAAAUUGGAUUUCAAAGAUUUUUGGCUUUAUUUUUUCUGUUUCUUUUUAAAGAAGUUUUGAAAUAUGCGUAGUAGGUAUGUGAGUGGACUAUUUGUGGAUUUCCUUAACGACAUUUUAAAUGUUUUUUCCCCUUAACAUAUUUUUAUAUUUAUUUAUAUUUUAUUAUGAACUUUUCAAAAUAUUGCUUAGGGUUAAUCUGAUCCACCCCCAAUGCAUUUAUAAUAGCCUAACCCUAUUCCCGAGCUGGUCGGCCCCUAUCCCUAAUUUAGAAUCUGUUUGUUGAUUUUAAGUACUAUAAAGGUACAGUGGUAUAUUGACUUAGUUUUAAUUUACGAGUUUUGAGAAUUAUGAGCCUUCACUUCAUCGUUAUAUUUUUUCAUGUUGUGAACCAAAAGUUGGGUUUUGCGUGAGCUUCUCAUAUGUUGUUGCUCCAUUUAAGUGGAAAAAAAAGAAAAAAUAAUUAAGAAACUGAAAGGAGAGGCACGGUCCCCUAUGUAAUUUGAAACUUUAAUUAAACUGCACAACAGACUUCACCCAGUGGGCCAGACCCCUUAAAAGCACAUUAAAAGCACACAUCUAACAAACAUAUACUAUAUUAUGUACAGUAAUUAUACUUUAUGAAACCAGUUUAUUUCUUUAAAUUCAAUCUAGUGCUGUUUUAGGUCGGGUUUUUUUUGGGGGGGGGGGCUGGGCUGUAAAAAUAGCAUCGAAAUUCAUUUAUAUGGGGAAAAACUGAUUUGCCAUUCAAGUGAAUGGAGAUACUGUACAAGCUCAGCCAAGGAAUAAACUUGAGAAUGAAGGUACCACUGUACAUCGUUUCCAUUCACCCACAAAUUCUUUGGACAUAUUUGGUUCAACAAAGAUAUUUUGGCAUCUAAUCGAAAAACGAAGAACUCAAGUCACUAAUACAUCAUGAUCAAUGUUGUAAAAUAAAUCAUUUGGGCCAGAAUGAAAUGGGGGUGGAGAUGUGCAAUUUCCUCAACUGAUGAUCUCUCAUGGCAUUUUUGGCACAGAGGUAGGGAAUCACGGUUUUAAACUGGAGUGGAGGCCAGAAGAUGCUGGAAACGAACUAGAUACAUCUGUGAGACAAUUUUCCGAAACAAGCCACCCUGAAAAAGAGGCAGCUAUUUUUUUGCACACCAUCUCAGGAUCUUUAGUUUCCGCAGUUGGUCUACUGUUGACUUCAUUUCCUGCCGUUUAGUGCUUCUUUUUGUUGUUCUUUCUCUCUUUUCGUUGCAACUUGAAUUGCUGAGGGUGUUUGCUGUAGUUUGUACAGAGCCUGCAAUUUCUGAGAUUGCACGUUUGUUGUAUGCAGGUGGCGAAAUAUUGUGCUUGACAUUGAUUUUU